UCACUGGCGGCCAAGGAAGAAGUCCCCCCAUCCCUCCCACCACUCCCCCCACGACCGUUGCUGCUGCUGCCGGCGCCUCAUCGCCGCCUCCCGGGCCUCCCAUGGCGGGAGGACCCAUUUCGGGGGUCCUGGGUGCGGCAGUAGCAGUGGAGGUGGCGGUGCGUGGUGCCCGGCAAUCAUGGCUUGGAGCAUGUGAGGUGGUAGUGGUGGUGGUGUGGGGUGGUGGGGGAACGGCAUCGUCAUGGGCGGGACAUGUGCGGGAUGGUGGAAGAUAUACACAGGCGGCGCAGCAGAGGCCACAGGCGCCGCUGCGGGGGCAGCGUAUGCUGCAGGUGCCUGGGACGCACCACGAGAAACCACACACAGGUCAAGAACUCGUUGUAUGUAUCGUUCUCUUUCAUGUUCUCACCUGCGGUGUGUGACGUGGGUGUCGCUGGCCGUCUCCUCCGCCUGCCCUCCCAUCGCCCUCUCCGUGCACCACGGACCCACUGCCUGGCUGGGACUCUGGAUAGUGGAUGCGUGGGUGGUGUAUUGAGUCAUCCUUCUUCUCGACCUCGGCCGUCCGCCCGCUGUCCACCGCCUGGGCGGGCCUCCCGCUGUCCACCGCCGGGGCGGGCAGCUGGAAAGCGAAGGCUGUCGGCAGGGCAGGGACGGCGGGGGGCUCUCCUGUGGGUGAGAUGGUGCGAUGGAUGGACUCGCUGCCAUGGAGGUGACGGGAGGUGGGCGUCGGGGCGGCACUCUGGAGGGGCGAUGGCGUCUUGACUGGUAGCACCCCCAUGUCGUGUCUGAAGAAGCAAAAUAGAAACAGACGUCACAGUGUAUGUCCACUCACACACAGGGGUGCAUCAAUUACCUGUCCGGCAGUGCUCGGAUGGCCUCCCAUGCCUCCUCGGUCAUCAUGAUCUGCCGCCCCGCCAAGAGCCUGACCAGCCGCCCCACCGUCAUCGCAUCGUCCCACCUCCAGAACGCCGCCCUCAUACGCUCCACCGCCCUCUGCCGCGCAAAUGCGGCGACACGGGCCGCAAACCGCCAUGACCGGAGGAGGCUCCGCAGGCGGACGACGCCCAGGCCGGCCGCAGCAGCCUCUGGCUCGGCUUCGCCCUCCUCACCCACGUCAGACAGAGACGGCCCGCCAGCCAUAUGGUGGCUGGUCGGCGACACAUCGUCGUCGCUGAUGGGCUCAUACGAGUAAUGUGUCUGCAGCUCGAUGUGAGGCGUCGGGUUGGCAUGGGGGAGGGCUGCGGGUGACGGGGAGUCGGCAUCCCGACUGCGGGGCAAGUAUGAGUGCGGUGUCUGCAGCUGGUGGUACUUGCGCUCGUCCGCACAAUGGCCCUCCUCAGCAACCUUCACACAACACACAUAACACAUCCACACAUGUACCCACUCGCCUACCCACUCUCCCACAUACGUACCUCAUUCUCGUGGUCGAUACGAUAAUGGGGUUCCUCUCCCUCCCCCUCACGUCUGCUGGCGCCGCCCCCAUCGUGCUGGUCCUGCUGCGCAUCUGCAGGGGCAGCAUCGAAGUCGUCGGCCUCCAUGGGAGGCUCCUCCUCCUCUGCCUCUCCUCCCGCAGCUGGGAGCGCACAGGCCUCCGCCUGCCGAUGGUGGCGCCACAACUCCCUGGCGGCCUCCAUGAGGUCGUGACGGGCCUGCCGGACGUGGUGCGACUCCCCAUCGGCCGUGAUGACCUGGACGAGAGAGUCGCAGCCGUCGAUGAGGUGCAGCUCCGGCUCUUGAGCAGCGUCAGCGACGGGAAGCCACUGACACCACUCGGCCAUCGCCAACACCUCCUCUUCGAAGUACCCGCCCAGCAGUCCCGUCUCGAUGACGAUGGACGCGUCAAAGACGCCCUGCCCGCCGCCCUGCAGAACGUCGUGGAUGUCACCCCCACCCACGACCCUCCUCGCCCGCCAGAUGCCGACGAGGGGGUGGUUGACAUCCACGCGCCCCUCGAGCAGGUAGCUGAUGACUCGGUCGGCGCUGACGCGGAACUUGCCAAUCAUGCGGCGCUCAGCGUACAUGACCUGAAUGACGUCCGUUACACCCACACAUAUCCCAGCUGUGUGUGUGCAGGGGGGGAUGAAUGGUGCGUACCGGCUCCUUCGUCCUCUCGUUCUCUGCGUCCUGCAUAUCCUCCUGGGCGUUUGACAGCGCCUUGAACUUAAGGCUAAGGCCUCUGAUGAGAUAUCACGAUAUCACACAGGCGCACCAGCAGUAGUCGCAAAGUCCGCAUGGCAUUGCGUGCGGUGCCUUGCCCAGCUUACGUAUCGCCGCCGGUUUAUCUUGGUGCAGAACCAACGCACACGGUGGUGCUGUUCUUUCCUCGCCC